AGCAAAGCACAUCAACAGCUUCUGGCUUUGUUAAGGCGUUGAAGAUGAGUCGUUCCAUGUUGUUGGUAGCCUGCGUUUUUUCUCUAGCACUGGCUUCUGUGGUUUCGUCCAGUGCGGUGGAGCACACAUUAAUAGUUAAGAAUCGGUUCCUACGGCGACUGUGCAGCGAACAGGAGGUAACAGUAGUGAAUGGAAGCAUGCCGGGACCGGUGAUACGGGUUAGGGAGGGGGACAGCCUCACUGUUCAUGUCGUCAACCAGUCACCUGUCAAUAUUUCACUUCACUGGCAUGGAUUGUUUCAAAGACGGAGCGGAUGGGCAGAUGGAGCAGCUUAUGUUACCCAGUGUCCCAUUGUUCCAGGAAGCAGUUACACUUACAAAUUUAACAUCACUGAUCAACGUGGAACUCUUUGGUGGCACUCUCACAAAUCCAUGAGCAGAGCUACCGUUUAUGGGGCUUUCAUUAUCCACCCAAGGCACGGCAAAAAUUAUCCAUUCCCCAAACCCGACAAAGAGGUUCCUAUUGUAUUUGGGGAGUGGUGGAAUGCCAGCAUCGCUGCCGUCGAUAUUCAAGGUUUAACCACGGGUCUUGGACCAAACCUUUCCAAUGCUUUCACCAUCAAUGGCAAACCUGGCGAUCUCUACCCAUGUCCUGAAAAAGAUACGUUUAAGCUGAAGGUGAAACCUGAUAACGUCUACCUCCUCCGCCUCAUCAACGCUGCACUCAAUAACCAAUUAUUCUUCAAGAUCGCAAACCACAACCUCACAGUGGUCGCCAUUGAUGCCAUCUACACCGAACCAUAUUCCACUGAGGUUGUGGUGAGCGCUCCUGGACAAACGGUUGACGUACUCUUUAUUGCCAACAAAGCACCCAAGAGUUACUACAUGGCAAUUCAGCCCUACAGUAGUUCUGUAGCACCGUUCGAUAAUACAACUGGGACUGCAAUCAUAGAAUACGAGGGAAGCACUUCAUCACUCAAACCUGAGAUGCCAAUCCUUCCACCUUUCAAUGAUACACCAACUGCCCACAAAUUCUAUAGCAACCUAACCAGUCCUCUACACCAGGUGACCGAUUUACCCUUACAAGUGGACGAACGGCUAUUUAUAACUAUCGGUAUGAGUAUGUCACCUUGUGGAAUUGGAAUUGGAAGCAAAACAAACACCACUUGUUUGGGACCCAAUGGAAUGCGAUUCUCAGCCAACAUGAACGGCUUGUCAUUCCAAAUGCCCACCAAAAUGUCUAUUUUGCAGGCGGCUUGGUCAGGUGCGCACAAAGGUGUUUUCACUGCAGAUUUCCCAAGCCAUCCACUGGUAACCUUCGACUACACCAACAUCAGCAACGUGUUUAACAAAGCAUUUAUGGUUACACAGAAGUCAACAAGUGUGAAAAAGAUACCAUUUAAUUCGUCGGUAGAGAUAGUGUUUCAGAAUACGGCUAUCAUGGGAAUGGAGAAUCAUCCAAUACACUUGCACGGUUACGAUUUCUACGUAUUGGCUAUGGGGUUUGGGAAUUUCAACCAUAUUCAAGAUGUGAACAAGUUUAAUUUGUUUAAUCCACAGAAGCGUAACACCAUUUCUGUACCUGCUGGUGGCUGGGCUGUCAUCAGAUUUCGAGCUGAUAAUCCAGGUACAUGGGUAAUGCACUGUCACCUAGAAACACACCUUUCGUGGGGCCUGGGUACGGUUUUGGUUGUUGAAGAGGGGCCAACCCCAUUUUAUAAACUCCCUCCCCCACCUUCCGAUUAUCCUCAAUGUUAGAAUUUGUGAUUA